AGGAGGGCACGUCGCCUAGCUCUGCGUUGCGAUGUAACGAGAGACCGUGGCGAAGAGAGUGAAGGGCGAAUGGAUGGAAGAGCCUAAGGCGAACGAUGAUUGUGAUUGAACAUUACACAUGUAUGUGAUAUCAGACUUUAACGCCAAGUGAUCAUGAUGGUGGUGGUAAUAAUAUAAUGAGUCGUACGAGAGCCAGAGGGGAAUUGUACAAUUGUAGAGAGAUACAGAGAAGCAAUAAAGUUACGCGGACAAUAUUCGACGAACGUUAAGGGGACUCUGGCAAUUAAGCUCGUAAUAACAACAAUGGAAAAUAUUUAAUACGUAUAGCUAUAAAGGGCAAUGAUAAUCUAAGCUGAAACCGACUAGCAUAUUAUAUUCAAACGAAGAGAAGCAAUAUUAUAAUGAUGAUGAUGGUGAGGAUUAUUGAGAAGAUGACGAUGAUUACGGGAAUAAUUAAAUUAUCAGAAGCAAUAUCAAUAAUCAAUCCAAAGUACAUUUCGUCGUUGAGUCGGAUUUGAGCACGACAAACACAGCCGACAAAAUUGCGAAUAUUCCUGCACAGCACCGCCGUGUGUCGCGGGUCACUCAUUCAUUCAUCCCCGGCGCUCUUGCGCGUUCAUUGAGCGGAGGGAUCGCAUGCACAGCCCAGUCGGAGACACCACGCGUGCAGACCCCGCUGGGCGGUAAGACGAGAGAGCUUUGAAUAGAGAGAGAGAGAGAGCCACACACACACGCGCUGCGCAGUCUCGCUCGCAUCACACUCACUCCACUCAGCCAUCGCUCGCUCGCUCGCUCUGCAUGGAGGUGGACGGGGCUCGUCUGGACGGUGGAGGAUUCGUCUCGUGUCGUCUACUCGUUCGCUCGCCUCCUCGCAAAGCGCCCUGAAUGUGGCUGGAGCUAACAAGGGAGAGUUAAAUGAUUUUUGGAGGCAAAGCAUUCAGCUUCUGCGUCAAGGCAGAAUUGCUCGCUGCGAUCUGCAAACUGCGGGUGGCCUCCGGACAUAUGGCCCAGUCCUACUACAGACGCGCGGGCGCGAGCGAACAACGCCGCGACCGCAUCCCCCUGCGCAUCGUGCGCGCCGAGGCGGGCCUCUCACCGGCCGAGCGGGCCUUCCUGGCGGCCGUCGAGAGCGGCGACUACUGCACGGUGAAGCGGGCGCUGGACGACGUGUCGGUCUACGGUCACAUCGACGUCAACUGCCUGGACCCGCUGGGGCGCAGCGCGCUGCUGCUCGCCAUCGACAACGACAACCUGGAGAUCGUCGAGUUGCUGCUGAGCUACAAGCUGUCGGCGUGGGACGCGCUCCUGCACGCCAUCCGCAAGGAGGCGAUAGGCGCCGUGCAGCUGCUGCUGGACCACAUCAAGUGCGUGCCACAGCAGGAGCGGCUAUUUUGGAGUCUGCUUGGGGCAAGAAGGACAGGCGCUGCAGACAUCCUGGUGCUCCCGGAAUUCGCCGAGGGUCACUCGUCCGAGUUCACGCCCGACAUGACGCCCAUCAUCCUGGCGGCGCACACCAACAACUACGAGCUCAUCAAGCUGCUGCUGACACGUGGCGUCUCGGUGCCCCGGCCGCACGCCGUUCGCUGCGCCUGCCUGCAGUGCGCCGCCGGCUCGGAGGCCGACGGCCUACGGCACUCGCGCUCGCGACUCGCGGUCUACCGCGCCCUCGCAAGCCCGUGCCUGGUGGCGCUGGCGAGCGAGGACCCCUUCCUCACGGCGUUCACGCUGAGCUGCGAGCUGUGCGAGCUGAGCCGCGUGGAGAACGAGUUCAAGGCCGAGUACGAGGAGCUGUCGCAGCAGUGCAAGCAGUUCGCCAAGGAGCUGCUCGACCAGACGCGCAGCACGCGCGAGCUCGAGAUCGUGCUCAACUACAAGGAGGAGAGCGACGGUGCGCCCGAGACGCCGGACGCCUUCAACCUCGAGAGGCUCAAGCUCGCCAUCAAGUACCACCAGAAGGAGUUUGUCGCGCAGCCCAACUGCCAGCAGCUGCUGGCGUCGCUGUGGUACGACGGCUUCCCCGGCUGGCGACGCCGCCACUGGGCCGUGAAGCUCGUGACGUGCGCCACGCUGGGGCUGCUCUUCCCACUCUUCUCCGUGUGCUACCUGCUCGCGCCGCGCAGCCGCAUGGCUUUCUUCCUGAGGAAGCCCUUCAUCAAGUUCAUCUGCCACACGGCGUCGUACCUCACCUUCCUCUUCCUGCUGCUGCUCGCGUCGCAGCAGAUCGCGCGCACCGACCCCAACAUGCAGGGGCCGUCCCCGACACUCGUCGAGUGGAUGAUCCUGCCCUGGAUAUUAGGAUUGAUCUGGGCUGAGAUCAAGCAGAUGUGGGAUGGCGGCUUCUCGGAGUACGUGCACGACUGGUGGAACUUGAUGGACUUUGUCAUGAACUCCCUCUAUCUCGCCACCAUCUCACUCAAGCUCGUGGCGUACCUGAAAUACAGCGGCUCGAAGGCGCGCGAGCAGUGGGAGAUGUGGCACCCGACGCUCGUGGCCGAGGCCCUCUUCGCCAUCGCCAACAUCUUCAGCUCGUUGCGUCUCAUCUCGCUCUUCACGGCCAACUCGCACCUGGGGCCCCUGCAGAUCUCGCUGGGCCGCAUGCUGCUAGACAUCCUCAAGUUCCUCUUCAUCUACUGCCUCGUGCUGCUCGCCUUCGCCAACGGCCUCAACCAGCUGUACUUCUACUACGAGACGUCCGCCGGGCAGGGGAAUGACACCUGCAAGGGCAUCCGCUGCGAGAAGCAAAACAACGCCUUCUCAACGCUGUUCGAGACGCUGCAGUCGCUCUUCUGGUCGAUCUUCGGGCUCAUCAACCUCUACGUGACCAACGUGCGCGCGCCCCACGAGUUCACCGAGUUCGUGGGCGCCACCAUGUUCGGCACAUACAACAUCAUCUCGCUCGUGGUGCUGCUCAACAUGCUCAUCGCGAUGAUGAACAACUCCUACCAGCUCAUCGCGCCGCGCCGGAAGAUCGAACCGGCGACCUCUGGAUUGCAAGUCCAGUGUGCUAACCAUUACACCACGGCAGCAUCCCGUGACCACGCCGACAUCGAGUGGAAGUUUGCGCGGACCAAGCUGUGGAUGAGCUACUUCGAGGAGGGUGCCACACUGCCGCCCCCCUUCAACAUCGUGCCGAGCCCCAAGUCCGCGUGGUACCUGUGCCGCUACGUGCGCGCUUGCAUCUGCCCGUGCGGCCCCGGCACGGCAGGCGAGCCCAUCAGGAAGCAUCGCAAGUUCGGCGCCAUCGGGAAGAAGACUUCAGACAACUUAAGAAGAACUCAUGAAUAUCAGGAGGUCAUCAAGAAUCUCGUUAAGCGCUACGUGGCAGCGAUGGUCAGGAACGAGAGGUCUGGGGAGAGCCUGGUUGAGGAUAGCUUCAAGGAGCUAAAGCAGGACAUCUCGAGCUUCCGCUACGAGGUCAUGAGCAUGCUCGACGCGGCUUCCCAGCGGCGAGGCUCGUCCGUUGACACCUCGCAGAUUUCCACGACGCCCGACAAGAGCAGCCCCGAGACGGACACGUGCUUCCCACGCCGCGGGGCGGGGGGCGGCGCCCACGCCAGCCUGGCGGACGACUCGGACCUCGGAGGCGGCGCUGCGGGCCACGCGCCCCAGCGAGACGGAGGCCACCCGCCCCACGGCUGCCCGUUCGACGUCACUCCGCGCCCCCCGCAGACAGACGAUGCCGGCGGCGGCGAGCGGUGCGAACCGGCCGAGGCGCGCACCGCGUGCCGGCCCGAAUUCUUGAUCCCCACGCAGGCGGAGACCUGGGACGCGCUCUCCUUCGGCCACGGGAGCAACGGCGUGCUCAUAUCGGACGGGUUCGGCGGCUUCGGCGGGACGUGCGUGAACGGGGUCGGCGGGCGGCUCAACAGGCACCUGCCGCGGCCCGGCGGCCGCUUCCUCGGCAAGCUGGAGCUGCUGCCGCGGCGCAACGUGCGGCGCAUCCGCUCGCUGUCCGAGAGCGUGGCGCGGCGGCGAGGAGGGAGCGGCCUCCGGCAGGCGGGCGUGCAGGCCGCAGCGGCACCGCCGCCUCGGCGCAAGCGGCGGUUCCGCUUCGGCUUCUACUCGCCGUCGCACCUCGCGGGCGCGGAUGUUCCCGGGUGCUCGUCGUCGCGCGGCGCCGCCGCCGCCAAUCCCUGCUCCGUCACCUCGGCCGCCGGCCUCCCGUGUCGUGCGACGGCCGCGGACUGCGCGGCGGCUUCCUCCAGCGCGUCGAUGGUGGCGGACGAGAGGGGAGACGAGGCGUCGCAGGGAUCGUUGGAGAGGCUCGCCUGCGUCUUCAGCCCCGAGUCGUCGCGGUUCGACUUUGCCAACGUGGUGUUUGAGCACGGAGAGGAGGAGGAGGACGCGGUGUUUGGGGAUGGACCGUGGCACGGCAUGUCGGGGCCCUACGUGACAACUCGACUCUGAUCUCAAUGGCUCGUUCGUAGUUUGUUUUUUUUGUUCUUUUUUUUUGUUUAUUUCGAGCCGCUUGUAUUUGCCAUUUUAUUGAAGAUUGAAAAAUAUAUAUAUUGACAUCAAUAGCAACAUCAACAAAAGAGGUACUCUGUGAACUUUACAGCUCUGGAGAUGGAAGAUAAAAAAAAACCGAUUAAGUUUUUUUCCGAGGAAACUGCUUCUUCUGAACUGGGACUGCGGCAGAAGUUGUGGAUUUUCUUGCUCUGAUAAAAAUGUUAUGUUGUUCAGGCUCCUGAGAAGAUAAUAGUAAAGAAACUUUUUAAAAAUAAAGAUGCUGAAGGCUGGAAGUACUUUUGGAAUACUGAUAAACUGCACACGUUUUAUGUGGACUGCUGCGUCACAUGGCAUCUAAGAGAUCAAUUUAUUCACACAUGUCGAUGCUUACAACUUUACAAGACUCCAAAACUCGUAGGAGUUAAAGUAAAAUAAUCCCAUUUCUGCUCGUUCUGUUUGAUUCAAAGACAAAUUUCAAAUCUACUUCAGGAGCCAACGUUUUGGUGGAAGCUGCAAGCGAAGCUAGUUUGAUUUUGGAUCAAAGUGAGACCUUGAGCAUAUGUCGUGUGUUGCUGCAAGCUGCCGUUGGUUUCCAGCUUCAAGGCUGCAUUCUGCAACGGAAUUGGAAGCCAUUCCUUCCAGGAUCACAAUCUCUUGACUUUGAGGAUGCAUUUGUAGGGAGGACUGCAGCCUCGUGAUUGGCUGCUCACGGUCACAUGAUCACUUUUCUGACAAGACUGCACCAAGAUGGCCGUCUGUUCGUGGCCCCCAAAUGGAAAAUAAUAAAUUUAGUUUUUUUUUCUUCAACUUUUACCAAUGAUCAUAUUUGUAAGUCAUAUUCCAAUACUGUACUAGUAUAGUUUAAGUUUUUUUUAUAUUUUGCCUGUUAAAGCUUGUGUUUUAAAUGUUUUUACUAUAACGGCUCCCAGUAAACAUGGAACCUUGGACCAAUGUUGAUUGAACAUUGGUCCAACGGUCCUAAUCACAUUCUAACGUUGCCCCAACGUUGCUUUGUUUACUCUGUAGUUGAUUAACCCCUCUCCCCCUGCCGUGUGCCCUUGUACAUCGUCAUGGCAACAGAUGGAGGCCACUAUGCCUCGCACCAAUUAGCAAGGCCUGUGAAUUUUCAUCGCGCUGUCCGGUUUGCUGCAAAAAAAAAACAGAAACACGCAUCCUGCCACAAAUGUAUUACGGUGUUCGGAGACCUUGAGGCCAAAGUUACACACUCUACGCGUGACUUUAAGAGCACCGCGCAGCAUAUAAUCCUUCUGCUAAUCUGCCAAACGGAUUGGCAAUAUGCGCAUAUGAGAAGCACUGAGCCAUGCGGCCUGCACGCACUUUUAGCAAGAGGAUGUUGUGUAGACGUACCUGCUGUAUUUGGAAUAGACUGCAUAGGUAUGUGUAGAGCGCCACUAUGCAUUGUAUACAAAGCAUACACUGGAUUCUAUAUCUUUGCCAAUGUACUGUUGAAACGAGGAAAAUCAACAAAACGCUGUGUUACGUAAUUAAUGCAGUAGCCGACGACACUACAAACUGUUAUAUUGCAGUGUA